UGUGAAGAAAAAAACAGUCUGACAGUAGAAAGGGCAUAAACAAAGGUGAUUUGCCCUAUGCGAUCGACGCCUUUCUGUAUUUUCUACGGACUAUUCAGCAUCGUCGAGGCAGAUUUGAGACACGACGCAGAGGAAGAUAAUUUCGUCGAUGACAGCAAGAAAGCAGUGAACCAUGAGUGCGGAGCCGGACGCGCUCGCCGUGGCCCAGCAGCUUCGUGAGCUGGCGGCAGACCCCUUAAACCGCCCUGCCAUCGUCGAGGACCGGGGAUGCCUACCUGGACUCAUCUUGCUGCUGGACCACGGAAAUCCACAGGUGGUCUACACCGCGUUGCAGGCGCUGAGGUAUCUGGCUGAGUGUCGCUCCAACAGGGAGAAGAUGAAGACAGAACUGGGAAUGGUGCUGAGCCUUCAGAAUGUUAUAGAAAAGGUGGGCAGUCCCGGGGAGACGUGUGUGCUGGCGGGGGAGGUGCUGGAGUGCCUGAAGAGUGCGGGGGGUGGCGAGGAGGAUGGCGGGGGCGGCGGCGGUGGGAGUGGGAGUGGUGAGGAUUCCGAGGGGGGCGCGGGGGCGUCGGAGCCCCAGUACAGCUGCAGGAAGCCUCGCUUCUUCCUGGGCAACGCCAACAAGCGCGCCAAGACGCUCACGCUGCAGAUCCACGGCCUGGACGACACGGGUCGUAGGAGUAUGUGUGAGGAGGCUCUGCUGAAGGUCAGGGGGGUCAUCAGCUUCACCUUCCAGAUGGAGCAGAGGAGAUGCAUCAUCCGCAUCAGAUCGGACCUCACCGCCGAGACUUUAGGUGCUGCCAUUACUUCCACUGGAGUCCUGACAGCUGAACAGGUGGUGAAGAGAGAAGACGGAUCAGAGAUGCUGGUGCCGUGUGUGCCAGGGGAGUGUAAGUGCCAGACGCCGGAGGAGUGCGUGUGUCGGUCCCACAGGGCGGGCAUGCCCGAGUACCUGCCGGAGGACGAGAGCCCUGCCGUGGAGACACACCGCGCCAUCAGCGGCAACCCCUUCGGCCAGGACUCGGCCAGCUGGCUCAACACCGCCACCAACUUCCUGUCACGUUCCUUCUACUGGUGACCCACUUCCUGUCUGUUAAAGAGCCAUUCGACCAAUGAACACCAAACUUCCCUCCCUGCUUCUUCUACUGGUGACCACUUCCUGAGUCAAAGAGCCAUUCGACCAAUGAAAACCAAACUUCCUUCUCUGCUUCUUUUACUGGUGACCACUUCCUGUCUGUGAGAGAGCCAUUCGACCAAUGAGCAAUUUUCGCUCCACUUACAACAUGAAGGCAAACUCUUAGGGUGCAACUCAAACUAGUUCCUCUCGUCCUUUCCUGCUGCUUGUGACCUCUAGUCUCAGUGUUGUCUCCGUGGAGAAAACAAUCAAGUUUCCCCGCUGUCAGCCUAGGCAGAAAACAAAUUUGGGUUGGAUUUUCCCCAUUCAACAUCCCAAUUGCAAAUGAGAAUGUUACCUUUGAAUUGCGCUUUUUGCGAGAUAUUGAUUAAAACUUCAAUCGUCAAUGACAUCUUGCCUCGCAUCACGAGUCCACAAGCAAACAGAGAGGACGGGAGGUACUAGUAACUAGACGGAGAUGGACCCUAAAUGUAUACACAUCCCACCUCACUGAGGCCAGGUGCAGGACAAAGGCAUA